AUGUGCCACAUCCCAGUCUUCUGCUGGAUUUCAGCCACUGUUCUCCAGAACAUUUUAGAGGAGAAAAGAAAUAAUGCUGUGAAACACAAUCAGGCUGAUGAUGCCUCCAAAACACUGCAGGAGUCAAAUAUUGAAGACACUCCUAAGACUCUGACACAAAUGUACACACACUUCCUCAGAUUUCAGAUCCAGCAGAGCAGACGAAAGUAUGAUGGAGAAUAUACACCAGAUGUUUCCUGGGAUAAAGAUGCCAUCUUUUCACUGGGGAAACUGGCAUUUGAUCAGCUGGAAAGAAACAAUUUGAUCUUCUAUGACUCAGAUCUGGAAGCCUGUGGUAUUGACGUCUAUAAGGCAUCAGUGUACUCAGGCAUGUGUACCCAGAUCUUUAAGGAGGAAACAGGGAUCGUUCUUGGUACCAUGUACUGCUUCGUUCACUUGAGCAUUCAAGAGUUUAUUGCAGCUCUUUAUGCACAUCUGUUUCUAGACAUCAACAAGAAAUAUGUGUUUGAUCAAGACUCUACAGAACAGAAAAACAAAAGUGUAAACAUGAUUGAUUUGCUCAAGACUGCAGUGGACAAGGCACUAGAGAGUGAUAAUGGACACCUGGAUCUUUUUCUUCGAUUCCUCCUUGGUUUGUCACUCCAGUCCAAUCAGAGACUCUUACAGGGUCUGUUGACACAGAAAAAUAGAAAUGAUCAGAGCAAAAAGGAAAUAGUUCAGUACAUCAAGCAGAAAUUAGAAUCUAAUCUGUCUCCAGAGAGAUCCAUCAAUCUGUUCUACUGUCUGAAUGAACUGAAUGACCAAACUCUGGUGAAAGACAUUCAGACCCACCUUAGCAUAGGAAGUCUCUCAUCUGCUGAUCUUUCACCUGCCCAGUGGUCUGCAUUGGCCUUUGUGUUGUUGACAUCAGAGGAGGAGCUGGAGGAGUUUGAGCUUCAGAAAUUCAAGAAAUCAGACGAGUGUCUCAUUAGAUUAUCAGCAGUCAUCAAAACCUCUAAAAGAGCGCUGUUAAAUGAUUGUGGCUUAACAGACAAAAGCUGUCCAGCUCUGGCUACAGUUCUUGGAUCAGAUACCAAUCUGAAAGAGCUGAACAUGAACAAUAAUAAUCUGCAGGAUUCAGGAGUGGAGCUCCUCUGCACUGGCCUGAAGAAUAUUAAUUGCAAAUUAGAGAUACUGAGUCUGAAGAACAACUGUAUCACAAGGAGGGUGUCAUGUUCUGGCUGCAGCUGUUAA